UGUUACCCAUAGACAGGCUAGAAUAACACGUCAACCCUGUUACCCAUAGACAGGCUAGAAUAACACGUCAACCCUGUUACCCAUAGACAGGCUAGAAUAACACGUCAACCCUGUUACCCAUAGACAGGCUAGAAUAACACGUCAACCCUGUUACCCAUAGACAGGCUAGAAUAACACAUCAACCCUGUUACCCAUAGACAGGCUAGAAUAACACAUCAACCCUGUUACCCAUAGACAGGCUAGAAUAACACGUCAACCCUGUUACCCAUAGACAGGCUAAACCAUUUUUUUACAAUUUCAUUUUUGUGAAGCUUGAAAUAAAUUGCUACUCCCUGUUUCACCCAACAAGCUUCCAUUCCCGUCACAAGGGUAUUUAUGGCUGAUUUAAAAAGACAUAUUAAACCCUGUUACAGUCCACUUUGUUACUUUAUUUAGCCCUUAAUAAGCACUUUAGUAACUUUAGUAAUUUAUUUAACUUCUUUAGAUGAGAAAACAUGUCUUUAUGACAGAUUGUUAAAAUGAGGUGAAAUCAACAAAAUCAUUUGACUAAGUUACACUUCUCAAAUGGCAAUGAAUUUGUGGAAUGACCUAGAAGGUUUUGGCUUGAACACUCUGUACCUCUGACAAUGGCCCUGAGUAAAGUCAACUAGCCAUGUGAUUGGGCCACACUCACAUAAUAUUCUCACACACAUAUAAAACACAGCCCUCUCCCACUUGGACACCAUUCUGCUGGACCUGUGAGCCUAAACAUACAGCAAUGAGCACUCUGUGGCUUCUGUGUUCACUCGCUCUAAUGGGUGAGUUCUCAUUUUUGAUUUCUCUCAGCUCCUCUUUCUCCUUGUUUGUAUUUGGCUUCUAAGAAAAUAAUAUUUUUUUUGACACAAUAUUGAAAAUGGAACUUGCGUUUGAGUCCCAUAUUCUACCACAUACGGAUAACCCAUCCACUGUGCCACUAUUUGUAUCAGUUGUGAUCCAUGUCUUCUGUAAUCUAAGGUAGGGUCUACUCUCCUAAGCAGGUGGUGUCUCCACUAUGGAGGACUGUUCCUAUCAUCGUCUUCAGGAUCACUUGGGUCUGUCACAGAUAAAUGAAAGUACAACAGGUCUGCGGCCUGUGGUGCACUGGACCAAUUGUACACUAGUUAUGGUAGACAUGAUUCUGUUUGGUAUUAUGGAUUUGAAUGAGAAGUCCUCAACUUUCACCAGCUAUGUCUUAAUCUCAACAGCCUGGGUGAAUUACUUCAUAGCUUGGGAACCAAAGGAAUUUUGUGGAAUUUCAAAAAUGACUGUUCCGAGAGAACGGGUCUGGAUACCAGAUAUAGGUAUCCAAGAAGACAUCUCUGAUACAAGUAGUACCAUAUUGAGCCCAUAUGUCCAGGUGCAUCAUAAUUGGUUAGCUCAAGUGAUUGACCAGCGCCGGCUAACCACUUCCUGCAAGAUGGAUCUUUAUAGGUUCCCCCUUGACACCCAGAGCUGCAGCAUCACCUUUAAGUCCAUGAUACACAGAGCAUCAGAAAUAAAAUUGCGGGCAUUCGCCAGCGACACUGCAGUGAACCACAUAACUAGGGAGAGCAUGACUACACUGGAUGAAUGGGACUUCCUGGGCAUUGCUAUGACUGAGGAAGAACUAAACUAUGGUGGUGAUGAAAAAUGGCAUCAGCUAAUAUACAAGAUCACCUUACGAAGGAGGCCACUAUUAUAUAUAAUCAACCUUGUGGUACCAAUUGCCUUUUUUCUUGUGUUGGAUUUGGCCUCCUUUUUCGUCAGUGAGGCCAAAGGGGAAAAGCUAGGCUUCAAAGUGACCAUACUCUUGUCCAUCUCUGUCCUAUUGUUGAUUCUCAAUGACAUCCUUCCCUCCACAGCAAAUAACCUGCCAGUGAUAGCUAUUUACUGCAUCGUAAUCUUUGCCCUUACGGGCCUCAGCCUCCUGGAGACCAUGCUAAUGAGCUUCCUGAUUGAUAUGGACAGCAGGGUUGAUCAGGACGUCCAGACCUCUAAGACCUGUGAAGAGACUCAAGAAGAGACUGAAUGCCGAAGAGAGCCUGAGAGAGAUGCUGAGAGCAGCCUGGAGAAGGUGGACACCUUUAACAAGAAGGACCUCGAUGGAAACUGGCUGAACAACCCCUACCUGCUGCAGCUGAUCCUAAAGGAGGUGCAGAACGUACGGCAGGAAUGGUUCUCUGUUAAUGUGAGAUGUGGCAAGGAGAAGCCGGGGUACUGGGAGAAAGUGGCCAGACGCAUUGACCAGACUUACUUUUGCCUUUAUCUCAUUACCACCAUUAGUUUUCUGAUAUUCAUAAGUUUCAUGUGGCUUCAUUAACUGUGCACAGUGCAUUUACAAUAUAUGAGGAUUUUUAGGCACUUUGGGUUACUUAUAUGCAUAAUAUUGGUACUUAAUGGUAAAUAAUACUGGUAAAUUCCAAUAAAUUAUUCUUUAUAAAUAGCUGUUUCCCUGCAAGACCUGUAGACUAAAGCUUUUAAUAUAUUUGACAUUAUCUUCAUUACCUAACCUGACUUAGGUUCACUUAGCUACUGCUUCUGUUGUUAAGGCUAUUGUUCAUGUCUGUGAUUGAGCUAACUGAAAUAAAUAAAUUACUAUUUGCAACAUAUUCAUUAAGUUGUUUCCAGUGGUGCAUGGAAAACAUCCAUGGGCAAGCCUCUCCCCAAAAAUCAUAUUACAACCUGUGUUGUGAUAAUUGCAUUGUUUGCUCUAUAACCUGUUAGUUCAUGUGCCUUGCCACUGUGAUAUACAGUGCAUUAGGGAAGUAUUCAGACCCCUUGAUUUUUUACAGCUUUAUUCUAAAAUGUAAAAAAUAAAUAAAUCGCAAUCUACACACAAUACCCCAUAACACAAAGUGAUAACAAGUUGAGAAAUGUUUGCAAAUUUAUUACAAAUUAAAAACUGAAAUACCCUAUUGACAUUAGUAUUCAGACCCUUUGCUUUGAGGCUCGAAAUUUAGCUCAGGUGCAUCCUGUUUCCAUUGAUUCUUCAGAUGUUUCUACAACUUGAUUGGAGUCCAGCUGUGGUAAAUUCAAUGAAUUGGACAUGAUACGGAAAGGCACACACCUGCCUAUAUAAGGUCCCACAGUUGACCGUGCAUGUUAGAGCAAAAACCAAGCCAUGAGGUUGAAAGAAUUGUCCGUAGAGCUCCGAGACAGGACUGAAUCAAGGUACAGAUCUGGGGAAGGGUACCAAAACAUUUCUGCAGCAUUGAAGGUCACCAAGAACACAGUGGCCUCCAUUAUUCUAACAUGGAAGACGUUUGGAACCAGCAAUGCUCUUUCUAGAGCUGGACCCGGCCAAAUUGAGCAAUCUGGGGAGAAGGGCAUUGGUCAGUGGGGUGACCACGAACCCAGUGGUCACUCUUACAGAGCUCCAGAGUUCCUCUAUGGAGAUGGGAGAACCUUCCAGAAGGACAACCAUCUCUGCAGCACUCCACCAAUCAGGCCUUUAUGGUAGAGUGGCCAGACGGAAUCCACUCCUUAGUAAAAGGCACAUGUCAGACUGCUUGUAGUUUGCCAAAAGGCACCUAAAGACUCUCAGACCAUCAGAAACAAGAUUAUCUGGUCUGAUGAAACCAAGAUUGGACUCUUUCGCCUGAAUGCCAAGCGUCAAGUCUGGAGGAAACCUGGCACCAUCCCUACCGUGAAGCAUGGUGGUGGCAGCAUUAUGCUGUUAGGAUAUUUUUAAAUCGCCAGGGACUGGGAGACUAGUCAGGAUGAAGGCAAAGAUGAACGGAGAAAAGUACAGAGAGAUCCUUGAUGAAAACCUUCUCCAGAGAGCUCAGGACCUCAAACUGGGGUGAAGGUUCACCUUCAAACAGGACAACGACCCUAAGAACACAGCCAAGACAUUGCGGGAUUGGCUUCAGGACAAGUCUCUGAAUGUCCUUGAGGUGCCCCGCCAGAGCCUGGAUUUGAACCUAAUCAAACAUCUCUGGAGAGACCUGAAAAUAGCUGUUCAGCAACGCUCCUCAUCCAACCUGACAGAGCUUGAGAGGAUCUGCAUAGAAGAAUGGGAGAAACUUCACAAAUACAGGUGUGCCAAGCUUGUUGCGUCAUACCCAAGAAGCCUCAAUGCUGUAAUCGCUGCCAAAAGGGCUUCAACAAAGUACAGAUUAAAGGGUCUGAACACUUAUGUAAAUGUGAUUUAAAUUUGUUUUUUUUAAUGCAUUUUAUAAAAUUUCUAAAAACCUGUUUUUGUUUUGUCAUUAUGUGUAUUGUGUGUAGACUGAUUUAGAUUGUUUUUUUGUCCAAGUCGGAAGUUUACAUACACUUAGAUUGGAGUAAUUAAAACUUGUUUUUCAACCACUCCACAAAUUUCUGGUUAACAAACUAUAAUUUUGGCAAGUCGGUUAGGACAUCUACUUUGUCCAUGACACAAGUCAUUUUUCCAACAAUUGUUUACAGACAGAUUAUUUCACUUAUAAUUCACUGUAUCACAAUUCCAGUGGGUCAGAAAUUUACAUACACUAAGUUGAAUAUGCCUAUAAAGAGCUCGAAAAAUUCCAGAAAAGUAUGUCAUGGCAUGAGAAGCUUCUGAUAGGCUAAUUGACAUAAUUUGAGACAAUUGGAGGUGUAUCUGUGGAUGUAUUUCAAGGCCUACCUUUAAACUCAGUGCCUCUUUGCUUGACAUCAUUGGAAAAUCAAAAGAAAUCAGACAAGACCGAAAUAAAUCAGCCAUCAUUGGGAGAAAUUUCCAAACACCUGAAGGUACCACGUUCAUCUUUACGAACAAUAGUAUGCAAGUAUAAACACCAUGGGACCACACAGUCGUCAUACAGCUCAGGAAGAAUACACGUUCUGUCUCCUAGAGAUGAAUGUACUUUGGUGUGAAAAGUGCAAAUCAAUCCCAGAACAACAGCAAAGGGCCCUGGGAAGAUGCUGGAGGAAAAAAGUAUCUAUAUCCACAGUAAAACAAG